ACACCAGCAAAGAGAGCCUUUCACCAAGAGCUAUAUAUCUUCGUCACAUCCCUUGUCUCGUUUUCAUCCAUCUCGAUCUCAAGAGAACUUGGCAACGUGUAACAAGAGCUAGCUACCACUUAGUUAAUCAACAAGCUACUUGCGUUGCUAGCUCGAGUAGUAGUUGCCGCGUCAUCGUCGUCAGCUAGCUAUCAUGGUUGGAGGUAGCCCCAUGCAGGCCGUGCUGGUGGCGCCCGGCGUGAAGGACAGGAAGGUUGUCGCGUUCAAGCGCGACGCGCUCAAGGAGAAGGACGCCGUCAACGGCCUCAUCCGCUCCAUUGUCGCCACGUCCAGCCCCGCCCAGCGGAGCGCCUUCCACGUCUUCGACAUCGCCAAGGUCGUCGACCUCCUCAGGGUCUGGCGCCGCGCGCUCGCCGACGUGCGCCCCUACUACGCCGUUAAGUGCAACCCCGAGCCGGCGCUCCUCGGCACGCUCGCCGCGCUCGGCGCGGGCUUCGACUGCGCCAGCCGCGCCGAGAUCGAGGCUGUGCUCGCGCUCGGCGUCCAGCCCCGCAGCAUUGUCUACGCCAACCCCUGCAAGCCCGAGGCACACCUCGAGUACGCCGCGGAGGUGGGCGUCAACCUCACCACCUACGACUCCGAGGAGGAGGUGGCCAAGGUCAAGCGCUGCCACCCCAAGUGCGAGCUCCUGCUCCGCCUCAAGGGCCCCGACGGCGGCGAGGCCAAGAUCGACCUGGGAACCAAGUACGGCGCGCACGUCGACGAGGUCGUGCCGCUCCUGCGCGCCGCCCAGCGCGCGGGGCUCAACGUGGCUGGCGUGUCCUUCCACGUAGGGAGCGGCGCGUCCCGCCUGGACGUGUACCGCGGGGCCAUCGAGGCCGCACGCGCGGCGUUCGACGCGGCCGCCGCCCUCGGCAUGCCGCCCAUGCGCAUCCUCGACAUCGGCGGGGGCUUCAUGGCCGGCGCCACGUUCGACGAAGCCGCAGUGGUCAUCAACCACGCGCUAGCGCAGCACUUCGGCGACCUUCCGUGCGUGGAAGUGAUCGGUGAGCCUGGGCGGUAUUUCGCUGAGACGGCCUUCACGCUCGCCGCGCGCGUCAUCGGGAAGCGCACGCGCGGCGAGGUGCGCGAGUACUGGAUCGACGACGGCCUCUACGGCUCGCUCAACUGCAUCCUCAUGGACCACUACGUGCCGCGCCCGAGGCCCCUAGCUAGCCCGCGCCCCGGCGAGAAGACGUACACGUCGACGGUGUUCGGGCCGACGUGCGACUCCCUCGACACGGUGGUGACCGGGUACCAGCUGCCGGAGAUGAGUGUGGGCGACUGGCUCGUGUUCGACGACAUGGGCGCCUACACCACGGCGGCCGGCUCCAAGUUCAACGGCUUCGAUACGUCGGACAUAAAGAUCUACGUGGCAUACUUCAGCUGAUCAGGAACGACGACGACGUCGGGAUUGAUAUGGACACGUUCGUUUGUUGUACUAAGUAUACGAAAAAAGAAUACGUGUAAGUAUACAGUGUACGUUAGUUGCUGAUUUAUUUUACCUUUUUCUCUUUUCGAACAAGAAAACUGUACCCUUUUUUUCAAGAAGCUGUUGAUUCAAUGUGCUUGAUUUUCGUUUUACAUGUAUCAAUUGUCAGAGCGAGAAUAUUUCAGCGUAAAUUUACCCGUUAACACGAGGCUCUUGUUACAAUUGAUCUUCUCCGUACUUGACUGUCUUUGGCAGUUGUUCUGGUGUCCGUUGGGAAAGAGGUAUCACCCCAACGGCACCUCUCAUCCUGUAUAAAACAAUAUCUGAUCAAUGGAAUGAAUACAAGAUUUUCUCUA